AUGAGGAUUACUUUGAACACAGUUUUGCACAGUGGAGGUGUGACUUCAUUUCUGUCCUUAGAAUAGAUGGCAACUAUAGAGGAGGUCAUACCGGAAAACUACACCCUACCCAUAUAGAAAAUCAUCUUUUGUUCUGUUGAUUUUUGCUUCUUCCUAUCUUCAAAGUUACACUGCAUAUCAUUUGAUCACUUCUGCAUUCCUUUAAGCCUCAGGUUAUCAGAGGAGUUACUCAAAGGGAAAUACGGGGGGGGCUCUACUCGGUCGGGCACACCAUCCGAUAUAGGGAGGCUCAGCAGAAGCACCAACAACGGUGCUCGAGUACAGAUGGUAUCACAUGUGCCUCUAUGCCCCAGACUGCCCGAGGGGCUUGUGUUCCAGUCUUCCCUAAACUAGUGUCCCGGGCGCACGUGCUCGGGCGGGGGCUGCUCCCUGUCGACUUGAAAAACUACGACUUCUCUUGUUUGGUCAACAGCCAACAUUCCUCCUCUAACGAUAUCGACUCUUAGCCUUCCCCUUUUUUCCAUCCAUCGUUCUUCCAUCGGUAUCUUAAUCUUGGAAACUAUUGACUGAAUCUCUUCUCAUAAUGGCUUCGACGGCUCCCAGCGGUACGCCAAGCUCCAAGGAGAAGAAAUACGACCGUCAGUUAAGGCUUUGGGGUGCGAAUGGCCAAAACCGCCUUGAAGGAGCACAUAUUGCCCUUUUCGGAGCUACAGCUACAGGCUGUGAGGUUCUUAAGAAUCUUAUUCUCCCAGGUGAGACAUCCGAUUGACCGUGAGAGAAUCGUGUCCAUCCCAAAACUUGUUAACACGGCACCUCCUAGGCAUUGGUCGCUUUACCGUAAUCGACGAUAAACUGGUUGAGGAAGCGGACCUGGGUGUCAAUUUCUUCCUUCAUCAGGAUAACCUUGGGCAGCCGCGAGCAGAAAGCGCUGCAGCCUUAUUAGGGGAACUCAAUCCAGACGUUGCGGGUGGAUUUAGAAUUGAUGUGGGCAACAAACCCCCAUGAAUUGUACAAGUUGAUACUCAUAAUAUGGUAGAGCUUGGAAAAUGUUCUCUCCAAUACCCCAGGACUCCUGGAUCCCGGCACAACCGAAUUCACACACCUACUUUUGGUGUCGCCAGUUCCAACCCCCCUACUUUUUCGGCUGCCUGCCGAUAUCCCUACGUUCUUUGUUCAUUCACUUGGCUUCACCGCUAGUCUUCGCAUUUACACUCCUACCCACACCAUUAUCGAAACACAUCCUGAUUCCUUAGUUGAUCUUCGCUUGUUCAACCCUUGGCCAGAGCUUUCAGAAUUGGCAUCGGAGAAGACAAGGGCCCUCGAUGUGCCAGAAUUAGAAGAUGGAAUGAGUGAUCAUCAACAUGGACAUGUUCCAUACGUGCUAUUAUUAUUAAAAUAUCUGGAAGAUUGGAAGCAGUCGCAUGAGGGCCAUCCUCCCGGAAGUCAUUCUGAGAAAACCCUUUUUAAAUCAAUGGUCAUGGAUAGAAUGAGAACAAAUGUUCCAGGUGGGAGCGAGGAGAAUUAUGUAGAAGCUGCCCGCGCUGUCAUGGGGGACCUGCGAACCGCAGAAGUCUCAAUCGGAACAAAGGAAGUCUUGAAUGACCCCAAAUGCCAGGACAUCACAUCGCGGGUACGUUUUUGGAGCAUUUAAGCCGUGGGUUACUGCUUACUUCGUGGUAGACGGAUGAGUUCUGGGUCAUUGCUCGAGCCGUGAAGGAUUUCGCAGACUCAAACAAUGGGUUGUUGCCACUAUCUGGGGCGAUGUCCGAUAUGAAAGCCGAGAGCCACGGAUACAUAGCUUUGCAGAACAUGUGGGUUACUAACCCCUAGAAUUUGUCCUAGUGUGCUGAAAAUUGGUUCCGCAGAUAUCGCGAGAAAGCGCACUCUGAUGCUACCGUCGUCGAAGGCAUUGUUCGGGGCCACAUGAACCGAGUGCAACACCCAGAACGAAACCAGAUAGACCGCGAUGCAAUUCGGCUGUUCUGUCGACAUGCAAACUUCUUGCGGCGGUUGAAAUACUGUUCUAUUGCUGAUGAAUUUUCUAAUUCUAAUGAUGAGCAUAAAAAAGCAGUUCUGGCUGCGUUAGGAGGUUGGGACGCGGAAGGUUCAUUAAUUCACGACUACAUCGCACUUAGGGCUUAUCAAGAAUUCUAUACUAGUCAUGGUCGGGCUCCUGGGGAUACUACAAGUGGUCAGGGGGGUUAUGAGGACGAGUAUAGGGGAAUCAAGCGAAUCAUUAGUCAGUACCUCCAAGAUGUUGGCUACACUAAGAGUGUGCCCGAGAGAUGUGAAAAGGUUGCUAAGGAGAUUAUACGAGCGGGGGGUGGGGAGCUGCAUGUUACUGCAUCAAUCGCAGGUGGUAUCGUUGCCCAAGAGGUCAUUAAGGUAUGUCACCACGGGCUAAGGCUGGUGCCACACUCUAGCUAAUUCCGACGGGAAAGAUUAUCACGCAGCAAUAUGUUCCGAUCAACAAUACUGUCAUAUUUGAUGGUAUUGCGAGCAGAACACAAACAUUCGAGUUGUAAUUUGGGGCAUUGCAUAGGUGGCACUGGAAGGUUGGGUAUAGUGUUUCGACGUAUCAGUGGUAUCCCGCUUCCUAUAGCAGGGCGUGCGUCGGACUUGUUCAUUAUGUAUAGCUCACCUUCCCCGCGCUUAAUAUUUUUCUCUAGACUCAACGAUAGAGGUUGGGAGGU